GAUGCAUCCAGCCUGCGGUUCUUGAAUGGAAGGAAAAAGAGCUUAUAAUGAUGACGUCGUGUGAUGACGGCAGCCGCAGGGUUUACAGGUCAAGCACCAUGGGGAAUUUGUGGACGGAGGAAUACGACACUCUUUCACGCGUGUGGGGCAACUCACGUACACGUGUGGGGCACGGCGCGCAGGGUGGCUUCGUCAGCGCGAUGAUCGAUGGACAGAAAGUCAUCCUCGUCAGUCGGCCGGUAUAUUCUGAGAAGGAUAAAAAAGAAACGGGCCGACUUCACUUGUGGCUGACGGACAUGCAGCGAAUUUAUGAUGUUGGGCCGAUAUCCGCUGUGGGUGAGAACGUCGCCGCCAGCACUCUGCUGUACGCCACGGUCGAAGCGCAGCCAUUGAAAGAGGAAGAACCGAAGGAAGAGAAGAAACUGUACUGCUCGUACGAGGUCGCUGCAGAGGACGGUAAGUACAACAUUGCUUUUGUGGGCUUGACGGAGAAGUUGGAGGAUAUGAGGAAGGUAUUGGCUGCAUGGAAGGAAAAGGACGCGCAAAUUGCGAAGGAGUACCGCUGCGGGAAUGAAAAGAAUAAUUGGCGCAGUGGCUGUGAUGCUCGUGAACUCACCAAGGGGCUGGUUGGCCUCUUAUCCAACAAGUCAACUAAGAACACAUGGAGUGACGAGUACCUCUGCGUGAAUGCAACCGUUCACGGGGAAGUGGAAAGUGCUCCUGAUGGUGGAUUGACGUUCAAAGGACCCGGAGCAGGGGCGAAGUGGCCUGUUGGCGACAUGGGGCAGACUGUGCCGUACCACUUUGCGAACGACAAGUUUACUCUUGUGGCGACGGUGUCCAUCGAUAAGGCUCCGGAGACAGGCAGCAGCCCCAUCCCUUUGAUGGGUGUGAGGAUGAACGAUGCACAAGGCACGGUGCUUUUUGGUCUGUCGUACACCCACGACAAAGAGUGGAGGAUAAUCUUCAACGGCAGUCGCUUGCCGCUGCCGGCGCAUUAUGAGAAUGUCGAAUGGGAAGCAAACAAGAAAUACCAUUUGGCACUGCAAAUGGAUUGUGAUGAUGGGUUGUUUGUGUACGUGAAUGGAAAGAGGAUAUGCGACACCGAAGAUUAUGAAGAUGAGGAUUACGAGGGCUAUAAGAGCUUUUCUCACAAGUUACGAAAACUGUUGAGCUCCCACAGCAUCUCGCACUUUUACAUUGGCGGGGACGGCAAGAGCAGCUCGGGCAACAUUCAUGUGACGGUGAGCAACGUCCUGCUGUACAACCGCUUAUUGCAAGAUGAUGAGCUCAACCCACUAAUGAAGACGAAGGCAGUCGCUGCUUCAGAGGCGGAGGUGUCGGCCCCGGAAGGUGCGCCUCAAAACAGUCAUUUGGGACAAGCUUCUGAAAAAGACACCACACCAUCAACACAAAAUCAAGGAUUAUCACCGGAAAAAUCAAAAAAUGAAAAGUAUUCAGCAGGUUCCGGGCAGACAACUUCUGCUGAUUUCACUGGCUCGUCCACCUCAGCCGCCGAGGGGGAAGUGGAAGAAGUGGCAUCCAGCAGUGUUGGCUCGGCGUCCUCAUUGACUCCAACAGCGGGAGAAGGCAGUCCUCAAAAAGCACCUGAAACCGAUUUCCCUGCCACUGAGGAUCACUUUGAACGUGAACAGGAGCACUCGUCUCUCAGCGUGGUUCGGCCGAUGACGGAGCAGGCUGAAGAGGCGGUUGUCGCCACUCCGCAGAGGAAAACCACUGAAGAUCGGCCGCAGCACAGCACUCUAUCUGAUGCUUCAGAGGACAUGGAAGAGUCGUCGUCCCAUUCCGCCACGCUCACCAGCGACGAACAAACCGUUGAACCCGAGGAGAGGAAGGACACAAAUCCCCACACUGCCGUGGGUGCGAGCAGCGGCCCCGACUCAUCCCACAGCACUGAGGUGGCGCCCAUGGACGGUGCCACAGCCGCCCAUGAGCCCAGCACAGAUCCGGCAACUGCUCAAGGCCAUGAUGAAGUGUUGGAUGGCGGUGAUGCCGCAAAGGAUUAUUUGCGCACAACGCCUGGGGAAACCAAGAUCCCAUCGGAGUCCAACGCCACAAUACCCUUGGACCCUGUCAUUUUGCUUGAGCACGGGCAUUUGAGCGAUUUGGCGUCCAUGGCUCUAAUUGGUGACAGCACCGUGCAUGGGUGUGUGUCUCGGGUGUUGUUGCUGCUGCUUCUGGGGCUGUGGGGCACCGCGGCUCUCUGCUGA